AUGAGAUAUAUAUAUGUCAACACGUGUCAACAACGAUGGGAAGACAUACCCGACGGAUUUUUCUUUGAUACUGGUUAUGUUGAUUCUCAUCCCGGUUCUCCAUUCAACCCGAAUGUGCCUCUGGUUUUUGCAGUCCAUGACAUGUAUGGGAGCCAUGAAAGUCUACUUCCUUUACUAGCGCCUUUAGUACUAAAGAAUUACAGAGUUAUUGCUAUCAACUUGCCAAGUUCUAACCAUACAAAUGCUGUUGGGUUUGGCCAUGAGGAUGGAUUUUUACACUCAACUGAUGAAUAUGCAGAGUUUAUAGGAGACUUUUUGGCAGAGCUGAAAAUUCCAAAAGUUGAUCUGAUGCUUGGGCAGGGUACAGGCUGUAUCCCUCUACUUCGUAUUUGUGCCAAAACUGAUUUAUGUCAAUCAGCUGUCCUGAUCUGUCCAACUGGACAUAUUCCUUACAAGGGAAUUGAACCUUACAAAAUGUAUGAACAGUUUGUAAUGUCAUGGGAGACACCAUUUCUGCGUCCUUACUUGAAAGUUGUAGCUUAUUUAUUGAAACAUUUGAAAGGCUUAGGGAAACAUACCACAGACAAAGUAAUCACAAGUUUUAAAGUGAUUAGAGGAAUGGAUUUCAACAGUAUUGGCUCCUACCUCUUUAAUCUGAAAGUUAAACAAUUUCCUGUCGGAGUUCUUUACUGUAGAAAGGAUGCAUUGAUUGAAGCCAAAAUUUCUCAGAGUUUCUGUCAACUGUUGGGGUUAGAAGAAGAGCAAAUGACAACUUAUGACAAAAAUGGACAAAUAACCAAAAAAGCAACUCUAAAUAGCAAAAGUGAAGGAAUCAUUCUGGAAGAAAAACCAAACAAUGUCUGUCAAGAAUUUCAUCUGCCACUGAUUAACAUGAUUGAAAAACUCAUAAAUUUAGUCCAUCAACGAGUGUGA